AAUUUCUACAAUUGUACUAUAAUAGCAUAAACUAGAUGCUUCGACUAUUCUCUAGAGCAUUAUCUAGACAGAUUCAAGCGAAUUCCACCUUGAAAAUAAUAACAAAAUUGCCGAUUAUUUAUUUGACCAAGCAACAUCAGUCAACACUCACGGCUAAUGAUGAUAGUUUACAGGACAGUCUACAACGAGCUAAUGUAAAUAAUAAUAAUAAAAAUAUACCACGCAAUGUGUCUCCUAUCAGUCAAUACAAUGACAUUGUUCAACAAGGUCUAGUAAGAUCUGAUCCUGAUCAAAAGCAUGUAAUUGAGAAUUUAGAUAAAUUAUGGCAUCAACUUAAAAGUUACCAACCUAAAGUUUAUAAUAAUCAAAAGAAAAAAUCAACCAUUUGGAGUCAAUGGUUCAAGUUUGGAAAACAGCAAGAAAAGGACACUAUUUUAUUAUCUCUAGAUCUAAAUGUGCCCAAAUCUCUUUAUAUUUAUGGUAAUGUGGGUACAGGCAAAACGAUGGUGAUGGAUUUGUUCUUUAAUACAUUGUCUAUUUCAAGGAAGAGACGAGUUCAUUUUCAUGCCUUUAUGUUGGAUAUUCAUCAACGUAUUCAUCAAAUCAAGACACGAUAUCCUGGAUUAUCUGAACCACUUUCACCUAUUGCAGACGACUUGGUGAAAGAUGCCUAUGUACUUUGCUUUGAUGAAUUUCAAGUGACAGAUAUUGCGGAUGCGAUGAUUUUACGUAACUUAUUUGAGGAACUCUUUCGACGUGGGGUAGUGUUGGUGACGACCUCGAAUCGACACCCAACCGAGCUCUACAAGAAUGGUAUCCAACGUAAUUCCUUUUUACCUUGUAUUGAUCUCUUAUUAGCACGUUCUGAUGUCCUCUGUUUGGACUCGGGUAUGGAUUAUCGUAAGAUGGAGAGGGCACGAUCGCAUGUCUAUUUUCAUCCUUUAAAUGCAGAGACUAGUCAGAGAAUCAAGACAUUGACAGAACGGUUAACGCGUGGUAAAGAGAUGACCCCCCUGGAUUUGCAUUUUCUGUCACGUGUCUUGAGGAUCCCUGAACAAGUCGAUGGUGUGGCCAAGAUGCGGUUCGCUGAUGUAUGUGCUCAACCGUUGAGUGCAGCUGACUAUUUAGAAAUCGUCAAGCAUUUCCAUACCGUCAUCUUAACCGAUAUUCCUCGAAUGACGAUGAAACAUCGAGCUGAAGCGAGACGAUUUAUCACGUUUAUUGAUGCCAUGUAUGAAUCUCAUGUGACACUUAUCGCCAGCGCGGAAAAUGAUAUAAUGGAGAUAUUUAACGCCGAGGAAGGCAAAGAGAGUAUAGAGGAUGAAAUGCGUGCCAUGCGUGACGCGUUAGAUGUCUCGGAUGUUUCGUCCCCGUUAUUUACAGGUCAAGAGGAAGCAUUUGCAUUUCAAAGAGCCUUAUCAAGAUUAAUUCAAAUGCAAAGUAAAGAUUGGGUAUGCGAUGAAUUAAAAACUAUUUAAAAGUAUACACACAUAUUUUAUUUAUUUUAAUAAAGUUAUGAAUAAUAACUUGGUGUUACAAUAUAAAAAGGAGGAGAGUUAAUACAUGUAUGUAUGCAUUAUACAUGUUUAAGUAUAUUUAUAUAAGGAGGAAGAAAAAAAAAGAAAAACAAGAGGUUUAUAUCAUAGUG